AUGAAGAUUUCCGCUGCCAUUGCCACCGCUGCCCUCGCCGCCGGCGCUACGGCUUUUGACAAGUACCUGCCCUGGGGCAAGCGCGACUACUCUUGCGUCAACGUCUACCAAGGCGUCCCCGACAACUCCACCGUCGCCCCCGGCACCACCAUCGACAUCCGUUUCAACCGUGCCCCUACCACUAACUGCGAGGACCCCCUGGCCCAGUACCCGGGUGACUACUACAGCGUCUGGCUGUACAACAACCCCGUUCGCAACCUGGACACGAUCAACUACGAUCAUCAGGUUAAGCUCACAGAUGGCUUCUCUGAGAAGGAUGGCAAGGUGUCCAUUACCAUCCCCGAGGAUCUGCCCACUGUGGACGACGAGAGUGUGUGGUAUCUGCGUCUGAGCGGUUCGUUGUCGACGGCUCCUCAGAUGCCUACGAUUUACAAUGCGGCGGGUCCGUUUACUAUCCAGAAGCAGGAGUAA